GCUAGGAAACUGUAAACCUCAGCUCCAUUCAUAACGUUAACGCUAAUGCCUACACUCAGCUCUAGCUAGGUCCAAAGUUACGGUAUUAGCUUUAUCGAUAGUUAAAAACGUUGGCUAGCGUUAAGCCAUAACGGUAGCCAGUUUGCAUACUUGUCGAAGACAAUGCUUACUCAACGAGACGAAGUGACGUUACACAGAUAGUAGCUAGUUGCUAAUUAGCAUUAAGCAAGUUGAAAAAAAGUCGGCAAACAAGCCUGAGGGAAUACAUGUCAUGGCCUCUGCAUCUCCAUCUCCGAGUGACUCUCUACUGAACCCCCCUGGUCAAAGCAGGGAAAAUAAUUCCAGAGAGCGGCGGCACAAGCUCCUUAAACUACAGAACAUCGAUGUUCCAGACAUACAGUCCUUGCUGAAUAGGAAGGUAAAACGGAAAGAGCCCAGCCUCAAACACUUACAAGCCCGUCAGCAGAUGUAUUUCCCGGGCUGGGACACUCGGUCGCCUUCAUCUCAACAAACAGAGCCGCCACACAGGCAGCGUCAAAAACCACCUGUCCACUUACCUCCUCUGGAAUCCACGACCAAGGCAAAUCCAAGCGGGUACAUACAGUCACCUUCAUCUCGACCAACCAAGCAGCCACGUGAAAAAAAACAACCUGUCCACCUACCUCCACUGCAAUACAGGAACAAGUUGUUUAAGAAUGUGCCAACCCCAGGUCACCCCAAAAGACCGCUGGACACAGUUGAAGUCUAUGAGCACAGUAAGGAUGACUAUUUGAUGGUAACCCAUAAAGGUGUGGUAUCAGUGUAUAAGGAGGACUAUGACUUCAUAACCCAUGAGCGCUGGGAAGAGGAGUACGAGUACCACUGCGAGCUGAGCCGCAUCCCCUUCUUUGCCCUCUUCAAAAAGUUGAAACCAUUCCAUGUCUGGCGCACCACAGUUCGCAGGGAGAAGAUUCAUUUGACCAGGAAGUCCCUCCAAAACUGUUUGUUUUUUGUCAAUCAGCCUCUACGUUCUGCACUGAUAGACAUCAGGAAAAUGUGUUACCAAAUCAGUGACACAGGCUUGUUUCACAUUGAGAAAAAACACACCUACACACUGCAAGAGUUUCAGGAUGUCCACUACAAACAACUGCAAGAGGUGUCGAGUAACUUGAAGAAGUUUCAAGACCUGGUAAAGGAGGUGACAGUUUCUGCAUGUAGCAACUACUUGGCGGAACUUGAAUCCAGAUCUCAUAAACUAAAUGAGCAAAAGGACAGGAAAAGUCUUCCAUUGCUCAAGACUUUUCAAUCCAGCCGCCUCAUCUGCUUUAUCCGUCUUGUUGACUAUUUGGUAGUCAACGCCUUGCACGUCUUAAUGGUGAAUGUAGUCACAGAACUGCUGGCUGGGCUCCAGGAGCCGGUACGCCAAACGCCUAGCCAUGGCAUUAUUCAGAGCUGGAACCAGCCUGCUGAGGCUGCCUCUGACCCUACUGAAGAACAGACUGAAAAGAAGUCUGUUGAGCCAGAAACUCGCCGUGACCCUCCUAUGUUCACCUCUGAGCUGAUGCUGGACCCACAUGCUUUGACUUACAAACCCUCUGAGGAGAACUUUCAGGAGAGUUUUGCAGAGAUCAUUGGGGGGUUUAAGAAAGCAGUGAUGUCAGUCACUACACUUACAGCAGAUCCUGAUUUGGAUUCAUUGACAGAUCCUGGAGACUAUAAGGUAGUAAAAUAA